AAAGAAAAGAAAAAAUAAUUAAUCUGAUCGAUAUAAAAUCGGAAAUCCGAUCACAAUAUAGGGUUUCCAAUGUCCUCCCAAUUUGCCAUCACCGACCUCAAUAAAUGAAGCUAAUCCACAAACGAUUUUGGGGCCAUGAGCUGGAAUGAUGGUUGCUCUUGUUCUCGAUCUUGAUCCAAUUUGAAUUGGGGAGUUUGUGUUUUAAGUGUGUUAAUGGAUUUGGGUAGUGAAUCUGUGGAUGAUAAUAAUGUUGUGAAACCUGAACCGGUAGUGUCCCAUGAUGAUGGGGAUAGUGUUGAGGUUAGGAACAAUGGGGCAUGUGAUAAUGGGUUUGGAAAUGGACCUGGGACUAGUGAGAAUCAUGUUGGCACUGCUCCCUCAGUAGUGGAUUUGGCUCUUUCGGCCGGGAAGUCUCCGGUUGUAGGGUCGAAUUCUGCUCCGAAAGGGCAGGGUUUGAGGAGGUGGAAGCGAAUUCCGAGGCAUGUGGGGAAUGAUGGGGGUGGGAGUUUGGUAGAUGAUUCUAGUAGGAAGAGGGGUAUGUCUGGAAAUGAGAUUCCGGUUAAGGGUAGGAAUACUCCGGUGGAGGUUGAUCAUAAUAAUAACAGUGAGGGGUCGGUUGGAUCCGUGAAUAUGAUGAGAAAUGUGGGAGUUGGUGUUGGGUUUGGAUAUGGUGGUGGUAGUUCGGAUUCUAGAUAUGUGGGCAGUCCUGUUUUUACUGCUUGUGCGGAUUCUGAGAACAGUGAGGAUCGCAGUAGCAAGUCUUCUACAGCUGCCAGUGUUCCGAAGGGAAAGUAUGACGUGCCUUUAGCAGAGACUCAACCGAGGAGUAGGGCGAAGAAUGCUAGCACAAAGGGUCGGAAUAGUUCAGCUCAAAAUGCUCAACAGGGAAGGGGACGGAGUGAGAGCAGUAAGAAGCAUAGAGGAGACAGGGUCAAAAUCAAGAAGGAGAACUCUCAUUCCAGCAUGGAAUCUGACUCGAGAAGCUCCAACUUUGUCUUUGUGCAGGCUGCGGCUAUGUCCAGUAACGGGAAGCAAAGUAGACGGUCAAUGAGUCAGGAGGGAGAAAAUAGUGAUGAAGCUCAUGCAAGUGACCAACAAUUCAGUGAAGAAGUUCAAACUGGUUUUCGGAGAGAGAAUGCGGCAGAAGUUGAAGAUUUUUCACAAGAUCUAGAUGCCGACUUGUCUUGGCUAGGCAAGCUAGACAAGAAAAAGAAGCAUGGGUCCUUUGCUGAUAUGGAUGCUCUAGCUGAGUCUAUGUUCAACUUUGAAACUGUACAAGACGCACUCCAGAAAGAGGUUCAGAAAUUUAGGGAGAUUGGGAGAGAACCUAUAUCAAGAACUGAUCAUCCAGUGAAGUCUGUUGACCCUUCUUCAAGUGAUCCGGAAAAAUUUGAAUCCAACUUAUCUGAUCAAGUGGGUUCUGAAAAGAUUGGACGAGCUUUUUCUGAUUCCUUGGAAGCACAGAUAUCAAGUUUGAAACAUCAUGUGAAACUUAUGGAAGGCAAACUGGAUGAGACUAGGGCUAGGCUUGUUGUGAAGGAGUCCAGGGUUGCUGAACUGGAAGAUAUUGUUAACGUUAGCAAGUCUUUUAAAGAAGAAUCAGGUAGUAACAUAGAGUUACAGGAGGAACAAUAUAGAGAGCUAGAGAUUGAGGUUGAGGGCCUGUUUAGGCAAAAGAUUGAAGCAGAGGUGGAGUUAAUUGUAAUAAAAGCAACAACAAAGAAGGUGAAAAUCGCUGCAGGUGAUCAUAUUACCCUCAUUGAGGAGCAAGAAGCAGUGGCUGGAGAACAAUCAUGGAUACUGAACAAGCUUGGGGAACAACAAAUUAGGGCUGCAAAGCUAAAACAGCGAACAGAGGAAUUGGGAAGAGGUGUUUUAGAGACAGAAGAGGUUCUCGCCAUGCCGAUGAAAUUGUGUAAGGUUGGCUCAUGUAUUUUUGUCCAGUCGCUUUUGUUGGUCCUUGCCAUCUGGUUUUUUUUGUUUCAGUCAUCCCCUCCUCAAGGGGUGGCUGUACCCACCUGAGUCUCGUAUUGCUUUUUUUUCUGUGUAUUCUCAACCACUCUAGGCAGAUAUUAAGUUCUUUUCUGUAUUAUUAUGAGAACAUUUUUUUCCCUCAUUCUUUUCUUUUUCCUUUCCUUUCCUUUGUAACAUAUAGUAAUAAUUCUCGAUUUCUUAUGGGAAUGCUUUCAUCUGGAAAUUAUAACCUUGAUACAAAGCCAUACUGUAUUUAUCUCCCCUUCGCUGAGUUCGUUUUGUAAACUAGUUGGCUAGUUCCUUGAUCUACAUUGAGUCAUCUGUAACUUAUGUUAUAUGACAAUAGUAUUUAGCUAAAGAUGUGUUUACCCU